GUCCCAUUGGCCGGGUUCAACACCAACCACCCAGCGUCGACGGUUUGUUGCGUGACCCCCUCCCCAGCCGAGGUCCUCCCUCUCUACCCAUUGGUCGUCUGGGAGGCCCAAGAGGGCAGUGUUCACGUUUCAAAGUGGCCAGAGCACCAAGAAUAAGAAGAAGACUCAAUCGCGUUCACAGAGCCCGGCCAACAGUUCCAAUCUACCCCUCCCCCCCGGUUAAUUAUACAUCGGCAAAUCGUCGCUCACGGUGGCGAUUUGCAUCGUGGCAAAGCGCUGAGGAAUUCACCACAUUGUCGGCCGCCCUGCCCCCCUCCCCCAGAGAGUUGAAUCUACAACUUGACAUCCGUUCUGGGGCUUGCUGCUUCUCCUCCCUUUACACAUCGAGUGGCCCCCCUCGCCGAUCGGCGUUGACCCCCACGAAUGCCGAGGGGAUGAAGUGAGGAGGAGGUGGUGAAGGUGGUGGUGGUAGAACAAGAGGAGGUGGAGGAGGUGGUGCUGCAGAAGGAGGUGGACAAGGUGGAGGAGGAGGUCCAGGAGGUGGAGGAGGAGGUGGGACAGGAGCAGGACGAGGUCACCGCACAUCAAAGCCUCGGGAAGGAUUUUGCCGUCAGGAAUCGGACAGAGGCACGAGGCCCCCCCCCGAUGGCCGAGGCUCCGGUGAGGUUCGCGCGAGUCAAGCGCCUGCGGCCCCUCUCGGCCCACGACGCGACGGCGGUGGGGACGCGAGCGCCGGCGCGGUCGCCGCGGUUACCGGGGCGGUCACCGCGGUUGCCGGGGCGAUCACCGCUGGCACAGGGGCGAUCGACGUGGUUGCCAGGACGAUCACCACGAGUACCGGGGCGAUCACCACGGUUGCCGGGACGAUCACCGCGGUUGCCAGGGCGAUCACCACGGUUGCCGGGACGAUCACCGCGGUUGCCGGGGCGAUCACCGCGGUUGCCGGGGCGAUCACCACGAGUCGACCGCACGCGCAGGCGCCAGCACGUCCCCUACACCGGCACCUGCGGCAGAGGUCAACUGAAGCUCUCCAUCGAUGUGGAGGAGACGUCGCUCAGCGUCCACGUCAUGGAAGCCAAGGGGCUGGUGGGAAAGGAGUUCCAGACCUGCAACUCAUACGUCAAGUUGGCGCUGGUGCCAGACCUGGAGCGGAAGCAGCGUUGCAGAACGAGGAUGGUGCCCGACUGCAAGGGCCCGGUCUUCCACGAGCACCUCGCCUUCGUUCUGCAGGCAGAAGAUGAAAACAAGAGGCUACUCAUUGGCGUGUGGAGCUUCGAUCGGCAAAGCCGGCACAGCGAGCUGCUGGGAUGCAUGAGCUUUGGCGUCCGUUCGCUGAUGAUGGCGGCCAAGGACGUGAGUGGCUGGUACUACUUGCUGGCCGAAGAGCUGGGCCGCACCAAGCACCUCAAGGUUGCCACGCGGCGCUCCAGGAACCACAGAGACAGGCUCGGGCAAAGUUCAUGGCCGGCAUCAGCGAACGUCUCUUCCUGUGGCCAGCACACGGUGAAGGUCAUGGUUUCGCGCGGAGCUGAGGGUUUUGGAUUCACGAUCCACGGCAAGGAUCCCGUGCGCGUUCAAAGCGUCGACUCAGAGGCAGCGCGAUCGAACGAUGACGUCAGCGUUGGUGCUCCCCGCGGUGCAGGGAGCCCGGCCGAGAGUGCGGGCCUGCGGCCGCUGGACGCCAUUUUGGAGCUGAACGGGCGGCCCGUGUCCACGUGGAGCUGCGAGGAGCUCGCCUUCUCCAUCCAUUACUGCCCGCACAACGUGGUGCUGGGGGUGGAGCGGUGCACUGGCUGGGGGCGGCCGGUCGCCACGGACAACGCACUGCAGCCAUCCUCCCAGCAUGCACCUGGCUGCGACAGGACCUCCGGGGUUAGAGGUCGCCGGAGCCGAACAGCGGGAAAGGAGAACGAAGCUCCCGCGGGGAAAAGGGAGCCGGGCAAAGGCGUCAUACCAAAGGAAUACUUCCCGGCCUCAGGGCUGACCAGGGCCGUGGCGUCCACCACACAGCUUCAACGCAGAGCCGGCGCUGCGGAGAGGUCGCGGGAGGGGGCGGCCUCGUGCCCACGCUCUCCAUCCGCGUCAUCGUCGGCGUCGUCGUCAACGGCGGCGUCCUCAUCGUCGUCGUCGUGUUGCUGCUGCUCCAGAUCGGGGUGCUGCGCCUCCAGCGACGCUCGUGGUGGGGGGCCGCCCCCCCACGGCGUGCGUCGCCCACCGCAGGCCGCACGUCCCGUCAUGGAGAGAGGGGUCAAGACGGAUCGCCGCUAUUCCGUCGGAGGUCACGAGCCCGAGAAGAAGGCGCCCGGCGUCUGCGGAGACUCCUUCCCAGACAAGCGGCGGUGCCGGCUCCGACUCGGGGCCCACAUGGCCGAGUGGAAGAAGCCGUCGUCGUCGUCGUCGUCGUCGUCCGACGAUGAUGUUGACGAGAUUGACACGCAACCUCUCGGCCACCGCCAACACCAUCAACGUCAUCGGCAUCAUCAGCGUCAUCGCCUCUCUGUGGACCACGGCCGAGGUUCUGCCGGUGCUGGAAAGGCCACAGAUGCUAAGAUCUCAGAUCUAUCGCUCCUUGCAGCUGAGCUGCAGGCAACAAUUGUGGGUCCUACAAAAAAGGUGAUGAGCUCUAGGAUGGAGGUGGAUCCCAGGGUGGAGGUGGGUGCCAGGGCGGAGGUCAGUCCCAAGAUAGAAGUUGGUCCCAGGAUGGAGGUGGGCUCCAGGACUGAGCUGGGCUCCAUGACGGAGCUGGGCUCCAUGACGGAGGUGGGCUCCAGGACGGAGGUGGGCUCCAGGACGGAGGUGGGCUCCAGGACGGAGGUGGGCUCCAGGGCGGAGGUGGGCUCCAGGGCGGAGGUGGGCUCCAGGGCGGAGGUGGGCUCCAGGGCGGAGGUGGGCUCCAGGGCGGAGGUGGGCUCCAGGGCGGAGGUGGGCUCCAGGGCGGAGGUGGCACUGCAACACGGCCGUGUCUCCAGCGCCACGGCCGCUUGGGACGUCGGGCCCGGCUCGGAGCUCCGUCGUGAGGGCCACCGUAACGAGCACGCAGCCAUCAAGGAGACGUGCAUGCUGGGACACAGGGAGGCCCCGGCAGAGGCCGCGACAGUGACAGUGACGGCGGCGGCGACGACGUGGCGUCGCGCGCGCAGCGAGGACGACCUCCUGGCGGCCACGGCGGCCGGGCGCCGCGGGGGCGCCACCCGGGAGGCGUGGCCUCGCGCCAGAGUGGGCGCCACAGCUGGCGCCGCCUCUACGGAUGCGGGGCGAGAGGCGGCCGGGGGGCGGCACUUCCUGUCCAGAGGGAGGGCGUCAAUGGGAGGCGACGACCCGGCCGUCUACGCGCCCUUCCUCAACUUCCAAAAGGAGGCGCUGCUCCAGAACCGGGGCGCCAGUUCAGGGGACGGCGCUGUCAGCCAGGGGCUCGGCGCAGACCUCGCGUGUGAAGCCCCCAAGCACAAGCGGCGAGCUACGGACAUAGCCAGAGACGUGAAAACUCGGCUGGGCUUUUUGCGUCGGAAACACGACGGGCAGUUAGCAGCGACGCCGACAGCUGGCCACGGGGAGACGUUCCUCGGCAGGCUCACUCGGGCCUCCAGGCCGAGUGCGGAGGAGGUGAUGAGCUGGAGCGAGUCUUUCGACAACGUCCUCUCUCACAAGCAUGGCGUGCGGCUGUUCCACGCCUUCCUGCGCAGCGAGUUCUCGGAGGAGAACCUCGAGUUCUGGCUGGCGUGCCGCGAGCACCAGCGGCUGGGAUCGGCGUCGCGCCGAUCGGCGCACGCCCGCAAGAUCUACGGCGAGUUCGUGGCCACGCAGGCCCCACGCGAGGUGAACCUGGACGCGAUGACGCGAGCAGCCGUGUCGGAGCGCCUGCGGGCAGCGCCGGCGUCGCCGGGCGCCUUCCGCUCGGCGCAGGCGCGGAUCCGCGGCCUCAUGGAGGGCGACUCGUACCCCCGCUUCCUGCGCUCCGCCGCCUACGCCCAGCUGAGCGCCACGGCCGCCCCCCGGCAUCCUCCGCCGGCGCCGACGCCGCCGUCCCGCCGCUGACCGGCUCUCGGCGGCGCCCCGAGCGCGAAUCGGUCGGGAGAUUUCAUUUUCCUCCAAGAUUGGGGUUUAUUUUAUUUAUUGCGUAUUUCCGUGUUGAAGCACGAGGGCGACAAUGUUCGUCGAUGACAUCGACAGGAUAGCACGGCGGCACCGCCGGCGGCCGAGCGGCGCCGCGGUCGCCGCUCGUCGCGAGGGUUUGUGGUUGGUGUGUGUCGGGCCGCCCCCUGGGUCAUGCUGCCACGCGCGGUAAUGGUGACGUAUCGCAGCGCGAUAAUAGUGAUGCAUCGCAGCGCGUUAACGUUGACGCAUCGCAGUGCGCCGUCGGCUCCACGGUGGAUGGCACCGUCCAGAAAUGGGUGAGGCCAUCGCGCGUGGGCAACGUCCCCGUGGUAAAUUUGACGAAUUUACACCGCACAGCGCUCACGUGGGGUGACAGAAGCAGCAUCAGCAGCAGUGGCAUCAGCUGCAUCAGCAGCAGCAGCAGCGUGAGCGUCAGCAUCAGCAGCAGCGUCGCUCACUCCCCGAGAACCCUCCGCAGGCCAUGUCCGUCACACAGCAGCGGCGCCUUCCUGGUGCGAUGAUCGCCAUGCACCGUCGCGUCCACGCAUUCCGGAGCGGACACCUCGGGGGUUCCGUCUCGGCUGCGACAGCGGCGAUGAGCGGCCGUUACGGUCGCCCGGCAAAUGAUCAUCCCAGCGGGAUGCUUUGGGGACAGCUUCCGUCCAGCAGCGGAUCGAUCAUCCCUGACGACGAUGACGACAAUGAUGAUGAUGAUGACAAUCAUGACGAUAACGAAGACGACGAUAAUGAUGGUGAUGAUGAAGACGAUGACAAUUACAAACGAUGAUGACGAUGACGACGCCACGCGAUCCUGCGAUGUGACACCUGCUCGCCAGCCGAAUUCCGUCGCUCCAUCUCCGCACCGGGCGCCCCUCUUGCACACACUCCCCACCAUCCCCUUGGCUGCCUGGCGGUGGGCGAGAUCAGAGCUGCACGCGGUCUCAUUUCCAACGAGAGUUUUAGCCGAAAGCUUUUAAUAUUUACGUUCUAUAUAUAUAUGUGCAUGGGGCUGUUCAGUCUUUUUAACCCUUUCCCGUUCCGAGACGUCUGCAAGUAGCAGGCUGGUGGGUGGGUGGGAGGGUGUCCCGUUCACCGCUGAGUAUCGGAACUUGCGACCAGCUCGGCGCUAAUUUGAUCUAGAGAGGCGCGGCAGCAGCAGCAGCAGCGGCAGCGCCGUUGCGUUUAAAGACGUCGCUACUCACCGCAGAGAACCGUGGCGACACGACCACCGCCACUCUACGAUAGCCGGCGUCACCACUGUGCCGCACGCCCCUCCCGCACGGCCUUGUGGCAGCCUUGGUACCGAUCAUGUUUUUAUUUUUUUGUCGUUUUUUUUUUCCGGUUUAGAUUUAGCAAUGUACACCACGUACGUCAUCGGAACAAAACAAUGACGUGCACUGUGUACGUCAUCGGAACGGGAAAGGGUUAAUUGGGGUUCGUGUAAACGUGCUGACGGUGUAUUAACUGUCCAUCCCACUAAUCGCCUGCAGUGUAAUGACGCGUGCGCAAUCCAAAGAUGUAUACAAAUGCUCACGAGUGUAUUCACGCACGCAUUUAUAUUCGCAGCAAUAAUAACCACCCCUAU